UCUCCAUUCUGAUGGCCAGGUUAAUCACUUCAUAUAUACCACCGUUAUCUACGCACCAUAGUCGCCAUCUACCUUAAUUGCCACUAUUCUUCUUCUCUCCGUGUGUUGUCUUCCACAUCCUCAGCUCUUCUCUCUCUAUCUCUCUCUUUUUGCAGACAGUAGUACUAUGCAUAACUAUCCAACCCAAUUUCCUACACAGCAGUCAUCUUCUUCUUCCACUUCCUUUCGCUCUCGACAUCCCUCCCACCGGUCAUCCAACAUGAUCGGGAUCACCCCCGUCUUUGGCAGUCUCCGUGGCGGUAGCUCAAGUGGGUUCUCGGGGUUGAACGAUGAGAUGAGGGCUAGAACCUCCCAUGGAGACGCAAAGAACGAGAUAAAGCCCGGGAAGAAGAAAGAGAAUAAGGUGAGGAAGCCACGCUAUGCCUUCCAAACUCGAAGCCAAGUCGACAUACUUGACGAUGGAUAUCGCUGGAGGAAGUAUGGGCAGAAGACGGUGAAGAAUAACAAGUUCCCGAGAAGCUACUACCGGUGUACGCAUCAAGGUUGCAACGUGAAGAAGCAAGUGCAGCGGCUGUCGAGGGAUGAAAGCGUGGUGGUGACCACGUACGAGGGCGUGCACAGUCAUCCCAUAGAGAAGCCAAACGACAACUUCGAAGACAUGCUGAAUCAAAUGCAGAUCUACUCCAACUUUUGGAGCUGAUCACCAGCAGUGGUAACCCAAACUCCAAAUCUCUGUAAAGAAGAAGACGAACUGUUUGAAAGGUAGCACGUCUACCUUAAUCUUUAUAUGGAUUUGAAAGGUGUUGUUCUCUGUAUCAGAACUUUUAAGGAUUGAUCACUUAAGCCAGUUUUCUA